UAUCAUUGUGGACAAAGGUGACAGAUCAUGUAGUCGUUUCUUGUAAUAAUUUCUUGUUGUGCUCAUUGUUACAGGGUGAAAUAACGCUUGAAUGCAGUUUUUUUUUUCAAGAUGUCAGUAUCAAGCUCUCAGUCCUUUACUCUGUCAACUCGUCCAUAUAUCCACUUACAGAUUCUUUAAAAAAAGACUUAAGAAUUUAUUUGACAAAACAAAAACAAAUAUUGAUUUGAAACAUUUUCUGUCCUUGAACAUUCUGAAAAAUGUUGAAUAAGAGGUGAUAGUAGUGAUGAUACAUCUGUUGAACUUCAGACUGAUAUAUCUCAACAUCUGAGUCAGGCAUUCAUGGUCCCCUCAGGAUGGAUCCCCCAUGGCUUCUCCUAUGACUUUUCCUCUAGCGCCACCAUGAGGUCUUUAUUUUAUUAGGCUCUUGAGUGAAAUGUCUCAACAGGUAUUAAAUGGAUGCUAUUUAAUAACGGCUAGCAUCCAAACAUGGUAAACCUUAAACUUGCUUCACAUCAGCAUUAGCUUUUAGCACAAAGCACUGCUGUGUUCAAGUACAGCAUCAGAGUUGUCCAUAGUCUUAAAAUCAAAGACAUAUCAGCAUUAGCUAGUUAGCUCAGUUAGCAGUGAAUCUAGUGGAGUUGGACUGGAGCUGGCUGGUUAGCAUGCAAACUUCAGUAUCUAUGUCUGCAACAUAGAACAUAGAAGUCAUUAUAAUUUAGUCAUUGUUGAAAAUGCUGACGAUAUUUUAAGUCAGGUUUUGUUUUUCCCAGAACAGAACCAGAAUGUUACGGUACUACUUCUGUAUUUAGAGUUCAGUGUGAAGAAUGACAUCAGCAGGAAACGAACAGGAAACAGGAAAUGCACCUUUGUUUUUACAUCUUUGAAUGAAAUGUUGCAGGAUUAAUUCCAAAAACAAACACGGAACAAACACAGACAUGGAAUCUAUCAUGUGUGACGAGCAGAUAAAAGAAUAAAUCCUGUUUUUAUUUUCCUUCCGAGGAUUUUGUCUUUGAUAUCCUGUAUCUUGUUCUGAGACACUUCACGGCUCGUGUGAAUUACUCACUUCCUGUGUGGUGAAGGACUUCCUGCCCGAGAACAAACUGUUUUCAGAUGAAACCUGAGCUCUCAGUCAGUCAGUCAGUCAGCAGAGGGUUAACGCGUCAGCCCCUCUUCCUGCCAUCAAACCUGUUUCUACUCGCCUCACAAACAUUUCACACAUUCCUCCCUAAAAGAAGCUUCAGCUCGUCCCUCCGUCAGUCGAACCGCCUCGUCAUGUUUGCCUCCAGAUUUCUCUGCAGGUUCAGUUUCUGCUGCUCUCGACCUGCAAGACUCCGAAUCUACACGUCAGGUUCAGUCUGGUCCACCUGUGUCGUGUCCAGUUACAGCAGUCGACCUCCAUCUAAAGAUGUGUCUAUUCGUUACAGCUUCGGUCGCCCGGUCAUCUCGGUGCGCCUCCCUUCAGGUCAGCAGUGUCGCUUCACUCUGACGCCCAUGUUGACCACAGUGGGCGACCUCCUGAGUGACAUCACAGCCAAAGACCCCGGGGUGCACACCGCCACCCUGCUCAACGAAGAUGGACAGAGAAUCUCUUCAUGCACCUUCAUGGAAACUGUCUUAAAUAAAGACUUCCAGCUGGUCAUCAAUGACGUCACACACAACGUUGUUUCUCUGGGACAAGGCUCGUCUCACGAACACGUGUUGGGUCUGGAUGACAUGAAGUACGUGGUCCACCUUCUGCACUCGGCGCUGACUCUUCCUCAGCAGCAGCACCUCAAACACACCGAGCUGAUGAUGAGACAGGAGCAGCUGCGACAGCAGCUGGAGCCCCUGGAGACGGUGAGAAUCAAGAUGGCGAUGGAUGCAGACAAAAGGGCGUCAGUCCUGGGGUGGGUGGGGCUCGCCUACCUGUCUCUGCAGGGAGGCUUCCUGGGUUACCUCACCUGGUAUGUGUUUGCCUGGGACGUCAUGGAGCCGGUCACCUUCUUCAUCUCCUGCACCUCCAGCAUGAUCUUCUUCGCCUACUACAUCCUCACCAAACAGGAUUUAAUCCUUCCGGACGCGAGGGAUCGUCAGUUUCUUCAUUUUUUCCACAAGAAAGCGUCGCAACAGAAAUUCAACGUUCAGAAAUACAACGAGCUCAAAGACGAGCUGGCACAGGUGGACGACGAGCUCCAGAGGUUGAGGAGCAUCAUUCAGCUGCCGGUGGAUCAGAGAACCACCUGAGAUCUGCAUUCAUCACUUUUUGUGACACUAAAUCUCACGAUGCCCCACAAGUAAGAAACCCCGAGUUCAUCCUCGCAGACCAGAGGACCUCCACUGUCCCCCUGACAGGAGUCCACCUUACCUUCCAGAGAUGCUGCAGGUGUGGUUGGGUCUGAAGAGCUCGGUGGACCAGGGAACACAGACGGCUCUGACGGCCGGGUUGUCCUCCAAACACUUGUCACUGAAGGGAAGCUUCUCCAGCUGCACCAGAGCGAUGUCGUU